AUGUUCAAUGCAGUAUAUCAGAUCUUGCAGGGAAGUGCAAGAGGAGAGGGAACGGGCUUGGCGUCUCGGCUGCGAGGUUUCCUUCAGACGGUAGGUCUGGGAUCUACCGGAGUAGCGCUGCGGUGUUUGGACGGCUCGGGGAGCUCGAAUGCUUGUAAACGCAAGGCGUUUCUCGGAGGUGCUGACAUUCACCCCACGCCCUGGAAGAUCAAGGCAACGCUGAUAUGCAUCAAGGGCAAGCUGCAGAGAAAGGCGGUUCUGUGGGAAACACUGCUCCGACGUAGCUCGACAACGAUUAGGGCUUGCAAGUGGCUGUUGCGGAGCAGGACGUGCGUGUGGCGACUAGGGGAGCUAAGCUGCAUGCCCGCAAAGCUGCGCAAGGUGCGGCUGAAAUUGGCGGUUGGCUCGUCGCAUGAGCGGAGGAACGAAGACGGCGAAGGAAGCGACAGUGGUUUGAAAGGCUGCAUAAUUUCGAAGGGCCGCAGUGUAGUCGCUGGGGCCAAUACCGUAGAGGCCACAGCCAACGACGUAGAAUAUCAAGUUAAAACUGAAAUGUUUGUGCUUUUGCGGGACCGGAGAUUGGCUCAGCCAACGACGUAG